AUGGGAAAUCAAUUAGAAAAGGAUUAUACCAUCAGUGAGAAGCCUUUUGCUACCGGUGGACCUUUCUCGUUAUGGAGAAUACACACUGGAACACAUAGACAAACCAGAGAGGAAGUUUCUGUGUUUUGCUGUUCUUUCAAGGAUAUUGAAACGGUCUAUGGAAAGAAUAACGUUCAGCAAGUGAUUAACCACUUCAAGAUGGAGAGUCAGACACUACAAAAACUUCGGCAUCCUCUCAUAUUAUCUCCACAGCAACAAUUCUUUGAAACAAAAACACAAUUAGCCAUGAUUACAGAACCUGUGUUGGGUUCACUGAGUAAUUUACUAUUCAAAAAUUAUACACACAUUCCCGAAGUAUUACUAAUGAUGAAGAAUUUUAAUUUGAGCAAAUUGGAAAUUAAAUACGGAAUGUGCCAAGUGAUGGAAGCACUUACGUUUUGUCACCAAAAUGCCAAGCUUACCCAUGCUGGUUUAAAUCCACACAAUAUUUACAUCACGGUUGAUGGACAUUGGAAAAUUAGUGGAUUCCACUUUUCCUUCUAUUCGCAGGGAGCACCAACGUCAGAGGGAGGCAAUACCACUCCAACACUAUUCCGAAGAAAUUUCUCAAAGAGAGAUUUUCUCCCUUCACUUGACUACACAGCACCGGAAUAUGUACUGGAGCAAAGCCCUGGUUAUCCUUCUGAUAUCUUCUCUUUCGCUUUGAUUUAUCUACAACUGAUUAUGGAGAAACAAUAUCCAAUUUUAGAAACGGAACAAGACAUCAACGCAUACACAAACAGUGUUUCUAGACUUAACGAAGUAGUUCGAAAUUUGAGAGUUUCUCAAGAAAUUCGUGAGUCAUUACUGACCUCUUGCUCCAUAAAACCUCAAGAAAGACCAACUUCACAUUUCCUUCUUUCAAAUUGUGAGCUUUUAUUCGGAAAUGAGGUCAAAGCAUUAAGAUAUCUGGCAAAUAUGGAAAUGAGAGAACCAGUUAAAAAAGCUCAGUUUUUGUCUUCUCUGACUCCAAUGCUAAAAGCGCCAAAACCACAUCAACUGGUCAAUGGUGUAGAAGAUACAUCAACAGAAGAGGGCUUCUCUAACAGUAUUAUAUUUUCAAAAGUACUACCACCAUUACUAAAAGAAUGCACAGAUGUUAAAAUGCUCCUUUAUGCACUUCCCAAUGUACUUGCGUUGAGUGAGAGAAUGACAACCAAAGAAUUCAGCAAACAAGUCAUGCCUACUCUUUCCAAGUUUGCCCUUGUUCAAGCAACUAAUGUAAAAAUACCAUUGAAACUAUUGGAGAAUUUUAAUUUAAUGUGGGACAAAACAACAGAAGAUGAUCACAUGAAAGAAUUAACUCCAUUUUUAAUUCGUUGCCUCGACAGCAAAUUUCCUGAUGUACAAAACGAGGCACUGAAAAGAUGUGAAGAGUGUCUAAACAGUGAAAGAAUUUCCUAUCAAGAAUUUAAAACGUCUCUUCUCCCUCAAAUUGAAAUUAUUUGCCACAAUACUACAAAUCAAAGCGUCAGAAUUAACGGAAUUGUUUGCCUUGGAAAAAUUUUACCACAGUUAGAUCCAGAAGUCAUUUCAGUAACGGUUAUACCGAUAUUAGAGGUAUCCCUUGCUCCGUUGUUUGCAGCAGAUAGAUCUGGAGCUCAACUUUCAGCGGCUCUUCUCAUGACGUGUGUUGGUGUUUACCUUAAAAUUUCAAAGCAUCUUCAAAAGAUUGGAGAUCCUUCGCUAGGAAAGAUCAUUGCCACAAGAAUUAUUCCAUCCAUUUCACCGAUUGCCAUGCAAACUUCUCUCAAUGUGGAACAAUUCACAAAAUACAUGAAAGCUAUGAAAAGUAUGAUAGAGAUGAUGGAAAAUAUUCGAUAUGACGAGUUUAGACAAAAUGAUCCUGAGGCAAAUAUUCCAGAUUCAAGUGUGACAGCAUUUUCUCAGCAACCAGUCCCAACUUUUAACCAACCACCUUCAUCUGCGUCUUCAUUCACACCAACACUCACUCCUACUUCAUCCUUUCACUCACCAGAAAAUCCAAUUCAAAAGAUAUUGAAUGAGCCACUGCCUGUGCUCGAUCAAAAAUCAUAUUUCUUGGAUGAUGAAGAAAAAGAAAAGUUAUUAAGACAAAAAGAAGAAGAAGAAAGGCUAAAACAGGAAGAAGAGGAAAAGCAAAGAGCGUUUUUAGAAAAUCAAAAAUUGUUUGAUGCUUUGAUGAACAAACAUUGGUCUGAUGUUCCAGAAUCUCCAAAGAGACCUCCAUCUCCAAAGUUUAAAACUACAGCCGAUAUUGACUUUGAACGAUUGCAGCAGAAAAUGCUCAGCUCAGGUCUAGAUGAAGAAGUGACACUACCUCAAAAGGUGUCCUCAGUAACCAAAUCGCCAUCGACAGUGAAUGACACUAGCAAUGUCACCGCUCCAACACGUUCAAAAACACCAAGUCCAAAAACAAAUAUUGCCGAAACUACUACAAACAAGGCAGUUGGUGGAUUUGACGCCAUGCUUGCAAGAUUCGAUGCAGGUGGUAGCGAUGACGAAGAAGAAAUACCACCACGAAAGCUAACUCCAUCAUCUUCUGGAUUUAGCUCAGCAUCUGUUGGUUCCUCUCACCCUCCUACUACAACAGCCAUUUCAGCACAGGUUCCAACUUUUGAUGAUGACCUCAGUCCUGUUAUGCAAAGCAUCGAAAGCCGACCCACUGUUUUUUCAUCGAGAAAACCAAUUUUACCAGCCAUUGGAGAAACCAGAGAUCCCACAGACUUCGACUCCUUACUUGCCCAACACAUGUCUGAUGAUGAAGAGUAA